AUGGCGACAAAGUUUAACCACCAGGACAAGCUCACCUACCCGAAUGGGCGCGACAAAAGGCAGCCCAUUGUCCCCAUCAUCUCGCCCUCGCUAAUGGUGGCGGACCAGACAAAGCUACUUCUGGAGUCCCUGGACGUGCUGUCUGAGAAUGGUGGCAGCGCUGAUUGGAUUCACGUGGACAUUGUGGACGGUCACUUCGCAUCGAAUUUUAGCUUCUGCCCCGCAACGGUUUCGGAUUUGCGUAAGCACCUGCCCAACACUUUUCUUGACUGUCAUAUGAUUAUCUCGAAUCCCAUACGCUGGGUUGACACGUUUGUGAAGGCUGGAGCGUCGACGUUUGUUUUCCACUACGAGGCUACCGAGGACCCUGUUGCCGUAUGCCGCAAAGUACGCAAGGCAGGCAUGGUUGCUGGGGUUGCUCUUCGUCCUGAUACGCCCGCGGAAAGGCUCUUCCCCCUCAUCGAUGCAGACGAAGUAGAUAUGGUGCUUGUCAUGUGUGUGCAAAUCGGGUUCGCUGGGCAGACGUUCAAGCCGGAGACGGUGGAAAAGGUACGCCUGCUGCGCCAGCGCUACCCGCACCUUCUGAUCCAGGUGGACGGCUGCAUUACACUGGAAACUAUUGACCUCGUUGCUGCGGCCGGUGCAAACGCGAUUGUGCCUGGCCGUGCUGUGUUUAAGUCGAAUGACCGCAAGGGCAGCAUGGAGAAGCUCCGUAGCAGCAUUCAGAAGCACAUCUCACUGCGCACUUCGAGCCGUCUUUAG